GCGCUGUUCCUCCUGCUGCAGCAGCUCGUCAUGACAUGCCUGCUUAGCUAGCCGGGUUGCCUGGGUGCUAAUGAGAGGGACGCGACGGAACAGAGAGACUGAGGCAACAGCUAAGUACAGCCCUGGUGGACUAAUGUUCCCGCUGCCCCCACCGCUAGCUGAAGUUCCUCCUCUCGCCUCUGAAUGAGCGCAUUCUGCCAUUCGUUAGCCUGAACGCACCAAGGCGGUGGAUACAUGUCUACCUCUCAAGACCAGUUACGAAAGGGAAAUCUUGCAGUUCAUGUUUCGCCAAGAAGUCAGUGUGGCGUCUUUCAUUCCGUCUUGUUCGUAUCUUUUCCAGCACGAGAAGAGGAAUAUGUCCAGGUAUAAUAUAUACAGUCUGCUAGACUGGGUCUACGGAGGGGUGGACCCGAAGUUUGAGGGCAACGGGGGGCCCGACUGUGCCGCGUUCAUCGCCCCUCAGCAGCGCAUCGCUGAAAGCCUGGUCAUGAUCCUCAUCUCCCUGGCGGAGAUCGGCGUGGCCCUGAGGAAGAUAAACCUGUCCAAAGAGCUCAAAGUGGUGGGCAAAGACUGUGCACGGACCAAGGAGGACAGUCUGGGCAAGAACCUGUUGCUGGUGGCCCUCUGUAUGACUUUUGGAGUGGAGGUGGGGUUCAAGUUCGCGACCAAGACCGUGAUCUACCUGCUGAAUCCGUGCCAUGUGGUGACCAUGGUCCAGAUCUUCCUGCUCGCCUGCCCACCAGGUAAAACCGCCAUGGUUGUCUUUAGGCUGCAGGUCCACAUGUUGAACGGUGCAUUAUUGGCUUUAAUGUUCCCUGUAGUCAACACCAGGCUGCUACCAUUUGAGAAGGAGAUCUACUACAUCCAGCACUCCAUGCUGUAUCUGGUGCCUCUCUACCUUUUCAGGAAAGGAGGUGUGUACAAGCCUGAGCCUCUGGGGGACAUGUGGUGGGCACUGCUCUCUACUGGAAUAUUGUUCCUCUACCACUUCCUCUUCCUGCAGGGCCUUGGCUUGGUGACUGAGGUCAACCUGAACAACAUGCUGUGCCCGGCCGUGUCCGACCCCUUCUACGGGCCUUGGUACCGGGUCUGGGCCACAGGACACCAGACGCUGCUGACCCUCAUCCACGGGAAGCUCCUCACACUCCUCUCCCAGUACACCGGCUCCAUGUGCAGAUUCCUGCUGGACACACUUCGACUGCGCAGCAAGAAAGUUGACUGAAUGUCCACAAAGGUGUACGCAGACCUAGCCUUUCACUCUAAAUGCCUCCCUUAUAAUUUUUAGUAACAUUUUUAUGCGUCUUUUAGGUCUUACGUCUGUUUUACUGAAGCAAGUCAGCAAUUUAGGGUCAGUUAACAAAAGUGUCCGUUUUUUAGUGCUAUAGUUGGCUUGCAUGCAGAAAUGUAGUACGCAUCUUUAGGCUCGUAGCCUCAUGGCUGGACUUUUAUUAUAAUUUUUGUAUUUUUAUUAACAGAAAAAAGUCUGUGACUAUGUGGGAGAUCUCAAGCUGCCUUUUUGUUCCUAUUUGACAAAAUGACAAAACUAGUUGUCACCUGAUCACCAUUACUGGUUCGCAGAUACACUCUCAGUUCGUUCUGGUAGCUUCGCUACAUCUAUGUUAGUGUAUAAAGCUGCUAUUUCAUUGGUCUUCAACAAAUUGUGAAUGUGAUCUGUUGUAAAGGUUGUUCAUUUAUAGGUUUGACACCUCUGUGUUGUCACGACUGAAAACAGAAGCUUCAGCUUCACUACACGCGUGUACAGGUUAGUGAAUUGCCUCGUUUCUGUCGCUUGUUCGUUCUGAUCAUUCCAGAUGUGAUAAUCAGGGGACGUGAGGGAAAACCUCAUGCUCUGACUCAAAUGGGGGAAUUUGAAUCCAUAGAUUCACACUGGGGUGUUGAUAUUACUUGUGCGAAGGACGUAAGGUUGUUAUCAGUGUUAUUUUAUAAUAUCUAGUGAGGUAGCCACUUGGUUGCAUUGUUGGGAUGGAUGGAUGUGAUAUUGGACAAGAUACAGUAGAUCGUAGGCUGGAUUUGUGCACACUGGCACUAAAACACAGUUUGUUGCUUUACUCUGAAGCUAAUACACUCCAUCGCUGCAGUUGUAACGAGGCACACUUUCGUUGUUGUUGUUGUUGUUUUGAAAAUGCAAAGGCAGGAAGUCAUUGUGUCACAUGAUAGCUACCCUGUCUGAAGAAUACUUGUUGGAAUAUGACUGUCAUGGUUUCUAUCAUUUCAAAUAUGAUGGUUGUGUGUUACUGUAGCAUCAACUGUACUAAGAAGGGAUGAAUAUUUUGUAUUUCUAUGUACUGUAAUGACAUUAAACGUUAAGUCCUCAGUGUA